UCUGUGUUCCAAAAAGAAAAGAAUUUCCUCUGUAGUAUUCAGAAGCUAAUAAGUACUGGAAGGAUUAAGAUUUUUUACUAGAAGUAAUUUACAAAUCUGUUUAACUUUCUGGCACUAGUUGAUUUAAAAAAAGAAAAGUUUUCCACCAGAGUACCCCUUUAAACCCCAAAACUAUACACCAAUAAUGCAGUUCCAAAAAGUUAAGUAACGUAAUAAGUUGAGCUCUGCUACAUCCGUGGACUGAUUGUCUAUCAUGUGGCUCUCGUGUUCUGUCAUUGUUGUCUGGCAUUCCUGCUUAUUUUUAGCCAUGGGACUUAUCAAAGUGUGCCCGAGCAGUUGGGAUAGUUGUCCUUGUAGCCCGAAUCAUAUUACAGGGAGCGCUCGGCUGGAAGAAAGGAGACGUACGAUAAACAUAUGGGGAAUUAUAAAUCUAGGCCGACCCAGACCUGCACAGAUGAGUGGAAGAAAAAGGUAGGUGAGUCCUAUCAGGUGAUUGUGGAUCGUCUGGAGGAUGAUCUUCACAUCAAAGAAAUGGAACAGGCAGAACUCAAUCUGGUUUUCAGCUCAGACGAAGCCUUUGGCAAAGUCAAUUUAAACUAUCGAACAGAGAAUGGCCUAUCUCUCCUUCACUUGUGCUGCAUCUGCGGCGGCAAUAAGUCACAUAUUAGAACGUUGAUGCUGAAAGGCUUACGGCCAUCCAGGCUGACUAAAAAUGGCUUCACCGCUCUCCACAUGGCGGCAUACAAGGACAAUUCAGAACUCCUUACGGCCUUGCUUCAUGGUGGAGCAGAUAUUCAGCAGGUUGGCUAUGGGGCGCUCACCGCUCUACAUAUCGCAACAAUCGCUGGAAAUCACGAGGCUGUCGACAUUUUAUUACAACACGGGGCAUAUGUCAACGUGCAGGACGCCGUAUUCUUUACCCCAUUACACAUUGCCGCAUACAACGGCCACGAGCAGGUCACUCGUCUCCUCUUGAAAUUCGGCGCAGAUGUUAACAUGAGUGGAGAAGUUGGUGACCGACCCCUGCACCUCGCCUCAGCCAAGGGAUAUCUCACAAUCACUAAAUUAUUGCUGGAGGAAGGAACCAAGGCAGAAGUCAAUGCCCAAGAUAAUGAAGAUCACGUUCCACUGCACUUCUGCUCACGGUUCGGGCAUCAUGAAAUAGUCAGAUAUCUACUGCAGAAUAACUCAGAUGUGCAGCCUCAUGUGGUGAAUAUCUAUGGAGACACAGCCUUACACCUCGCCUGUUACAAUGGAAAGUUCGAAGUAGUGAAGGAAUUAAUUCAGCUGUCAGGAGCCGAGAGUCUGACGAAGGAAAAUAUUUUCAGCGAAACAGCUUUCCAUAGUGCGUGUACAUAUGGCAAAAAUCUGGAGCUUAUUAAAUUCCUUCUUGAUCAAAAUGUCUUGAACAUUAAUCAUCAAGGGAGAGAUGGACAUACAGGAUUGCACUGCGCCUGCUACCACGGCCACAUACGACUGGUGCAGUUCUUGCUUGACAAUGGAGCCGACAUGAAUCUCGUCGCCAGUGAUCCCAGCAGAUCCAGCGGGGAAAAAGAUGAGCAGACAUGUCUGAUGUGGGCGUAUGAGAAAGGUCAUGACGGUAUUGUUACCCUACUGAAGCAUUACAAGCGACCUCUGGAAGAAUCUCCUUGUAAUGAAUACUCACAGCCCGGCGGAGAUGGCUCCUAUGUAUCUGUCCCAUCUCCUCUCGGGAAGAUUAAAAGCCUGACGAAAGAAAAAGCUGAUGUUCUGCUCCUGCGUGCCAGCCUGCCCUCGCACUUUCACCUCCAGAUGUCAGAAAUUGAAUUUCACGAAAUAAUUGGAUCAGGGUCAUUCGGAAAAGUAUACAAAGGGAGAUGCAGAAAUAAAAUUGUCGCCAUUAAGAGAUACAGAGCCAACACUUACUGCUCCAAGUCAGACGUAGACAUGUUCUGCCGGGAGGUCUCCAUACUGUGUCGCCUCAAUCACCCGUGCAUCAUCCAGUUUGUUGGCGCUUGCCUGGACGACCCCAGCCAAUUCGCUAUCGUGACUCAAUACGUCUCGGGAGGAUCUCUCUUCUCUCUUCUUCAUGAGCAAAAAAGGAAUCUUGACUUGCAAUCAAAGUUGAUUAUUGCUGUGGAUGUCGCCAAAGGCAUGGAGUAUCUUCACAACCUCACUUACCCAAUCAUCCACCGGGAUCUGAACAGCCACAACAUCUUGCUGUACGAAGAUGGUCACGCAGUGGUCGCUGACUUUGGAGAAUCUAGAUUUCUUCAGUCAAUGGAUGAAGACAACAUGACCAAGCAGCCCGGGAACCUCCGAUGGAUGGCUCCAGAAGUCUUCAGCCAGUCCACCCGUUAUACCAUCAAGGCCGACGUUUUCAGCUAUGCUCUGUGUCUCUGGGAGCUGCUAACGGGAGAAAUCCCUUUUGCUCAUUUAAAACCAGCCGCUGCAGCUGCGGACAUGGCGUAUCAUCACAUCCGACCACCUAUAGGAUACUCUAUACCCAAGCCCAUAUCAUCGCUGUUGAUGCGAGGAUGGAACGCAUGCCCUGAGGGAAGGCCAGAGUUCUCAGAAGUGGUGUCCAAGUUGGAGGAAUGUCUCUGCAACAUUGAGUUGAUGUCUCCAGGAUCCAGUAACAGCAGCGGUUCACUUUCACCAUCUGCCUCAUCAGAUUGCCUGGUUGCCCGUGGUGGCCCUGGUCGCAGCCAUGUUGCGGCUCUCCGUACACGCUUUGAAUUGGAGUAUGCCUUAAAUUCAAGAGCUUACGCAGGCUGGCCUCAGAGAUUCCGCCUCCGGUCAUGGUCUGACCUUAGAAGAAAUGAGGAAAAAUUUCCAGUAUCCACCGAUGGACAAGAACGGUUAUGUGUCUGAUCCCAUGAGCACAAUGCGGUUUCAUUCUUGCUGCAGGAGCAGCAGUUUCGAAGACAGUAACUGACAGAUGGAGCUGUAACCGGGUAUCCCGGUAAAAGGGCGAGCACACCGCCACCUGACAGCCCGGAGGGAAGUGUUCACUCGCGACACUCAUCUUUUUUUAUUUAUGUCGGAUAAUUCAUCUUUAUGGUUUUGUUUUGCUCUUGUCUCAUUACAAGAUAUGGCUUUGAGCUUUUAUCAAAUGUAACCUGGAAAUAACACUCACAUCUUUGUAAUGUUAUCUAACAUCAGCCUGGUGGAAUUCUACCUUGUAACUUUCUUAAAGGGGUACUCCCGUGGAAAACUUUUUUUUUUUUUUUUUUUUUUUUUUUAU